AUUGAUUGAGUUCCUGCACACUGCUUUGUAUGGCUCUACAUAGCACAGAGCAAUACAAAGCAAUGUGUUGACAAAAUAAAAAACACACAGCACACAGUUAACCCUUUGAUCACUCCACAUGUUAACCCGUUCUUGCCCAGUGCCAUUAGUACAGUGUCAGUGCUUUUUAUUAGCACUGAUCACUGUAUUGGUGUCACUGAGGAUGUCACUGGCAGCCAUAUUCCUCCAGUGUCAGAAUGCCUGUUGCAGUCCCGCCAUAAUCACUGAUCGCCAUCAUUACUAGAAUAUAUAAAAAAAAUUCUGGUAUAUAUACCUCCAUUUGUAGACGCUAUAACUUUCACGUAAACCAAUUAAUUUA